AUGUAUCAUACUGUCAAGCUCAGCACAAUGGAUGAACAUACACACAGAUUUUUAGGAGGGAUUUGGAUGACAAUAGACCACCUGAUCAGUAUGCUCUUACCACAGGUGCGGAGAAGAUAUUGUGUCAGGGAAGUUUUAGAGUCAAACAUUGGAUUGUCAGUGGGCAUUAUGAAAGCAGCAAGGUCAAUAAUAAGAAAGGUCAGAAGUGGUCCAAAUUUAAAUUCAGAUGAAAUUGAUGAUAAAUUUCCAGAACAUUUGACACGCAGAAUGAUAUUGAGUCAAAUUGCUUCCAUAUAUGAUCCAUUAGGGUUUGCUGUACCAGUAUUGCUCAAAGCGAAAUUUUUGAUGAGGCUCGUGAUUUCCAAAAUGAGGUGGCGAACUGGUGAAGAUGAAUUUGAGUCACAUCUGAUAGCAGCUAGAAAUAAGAUUGCACCAAUGAAGCAAAUGUCCAUUCCUAGGUUAGAACUAUGUGCGGCUCUUAUGGCUGCUAGAUUAAGGGAAUCUAUUUUAAAGGAGUUUACAUGGAAUUUUGAAGCAAUUUACCACAUACUUGACUCAUCAGUUGUAAGAUCACAAAUCCAAAAGGAGAGUCACGGAUUCAAUACCUUUGUUGCAGUACGCAUAGCAGAGAUACAAAUCAAAACUGACCCAAAGGAAUGGUGGUGGGUCGAUUCAACACAGAAUAUCGCAGACAUGACCUCUAGACCAUGCAAACCAGAGAAAAUUGGAAGAGAAUCUGACUGGCAAAAUGGACCCAAGUUUUUAACUUUACCAACUAAUAGAUGGCCCAUCAGGCAAACUUGUGAGGAUGAGUUAACUGACAGAAUUGGUAUUACCAUCACGGUUAAUAAUGCAAGUCAUGAGAAUUGUGGUAUACAAUUAAUUGAUGUUAAUAGGUAUAGUGACUACUACAAAUUGCUGAGAGUUACAUGUAGGGUAAUGAAUGUAUUCAAAUACAAGUCUUUCAAAGGUAUUCUAAGAACCCCCACAGUUCAAGGGAUUACAGAUGCAGAAAUAUUAUGGGUCAAGGAAAUGCAAAAGAGCAUGACUGAUUGGGAAACAAGGUUCAAAAGAUUGGGACCAUCAGUUGAAAGGGGAAUUAUAGUAGUAGGACAACGAAUUUCUAAGUGGUUGAAAGACAAUUGGAAUCAAGAAAAUUUCAUGUUAAUACCGAAUAAACAUCCUGUUACUAGAUUGUACAUAUCCUGUCUACAUAAAGUAGAUCAUGCAGGUAUAGAGACUACUUUGUGUAAGAUACAGAGGAAGUUCUGGGUUCCGGGAGCUAGAAAAUUAAUAAGAACCAUUAAAAUAAAUGUGUAACAUGCAGAAAAUUAAAAAAGAAAGUGGAAGAUCAAUGCAUGGGUCAAGUGAGGGCAGAAAGGAUGAAACCUGCUCCACCAUUCUAUCAUACAGCAGUAGAUGUGUUUGGGCCCUUGACAAUAAGAGAUUCAGUUAAGAAGAGAACUUAUGGAAAAGCAUUUGGAAUUAUUUUUAAUUGCUUAGUGACAAGAUCAGUUUAUUUGGAUUUAGCUAUGGGAUAUAGUACUGAUGAUUUCUUAACCACUUUUUAAAGAUUCAUUGCUAUUAGGGGGGCCCCUAAAUUUAUGUAUUCUGAUAAGGGAACUCAGCUAAUAUCAGCUAGUAAGAAAGUAGAGACCCUUGGGGAGAAAGAGGGUGUGACCUGGAUUUUCAAUAUGCCAAGUGAUGCACCAUGGUAUAAUGGUGUAAGUGAAGCACUGAUCAAAUCAGUCAAAAGGAGCAUUUGUGUUAGUAUUGGAGAUUCUGUACUAAAUUUUGGAGAAUUACAGACUGCCUUAUUUUGUAUUGCCAAUUUAAUGAAUGAAAGACCAAUAGGCUUAAAACCUGGAUUUAGUUUGGAAUUAGGUAGCUAUCUCUGCCCAAAUGAUCUGUUACUUGGUCGAUCUAGCUGUCAUUGUCCAAUUGGCUUGUAUGAAAUUGAUGGAGAUCAUAUAAUGAGAUUGAGGUUUAUCCAAAAUAUUAUAAAUUCUUUUUGGAAGAAGUGGCAAAGGGACUAUUUCCCGUCAAUGUUGAUUAGACAGAAAUGGCAUACAGCCAAAAGGAAUGUGAAAGUAGAUGUUAUUCUAGUGCAAGAUAGCAAUAUUAUAAGGGGAACAUGGAAGCUGGCUCAAGUAAUUAGGGCUGACCCAGGACGAGAUGGAAUUGUUCGUGAAGUUAAUUUAAGAUAUAAAAUAAUAAAGGAUGGCAAAGGGUAUUAUGGUGUGGCGGAUAAGAUCAUGUGUAGAUCAGUACAUAGAUUAGUAAUGCUGUUGCCAAUAGAAGAACAAGUUUAAGCAUAUGUACCUUGUCCAAUGUAAUCUAGUCCAUGGUAGUCAAUGUGGAGGGGGAGUGUAUCAUUAGUAUGAUAGGUAUAUGAAAAUUAAGAAUAUUUAUGUUUAUUUGAUAAUUACGGGUGAGAUGUUACGUUGCGCAUCUCGAGUGUUUUUUAUUUACCCAUGAGCCCACGUAUGACGUUGCUGUGCGGUUGACGCCUCGUGUGUGAAUCCACUUCGCAGGGAAUAUUUGUGUUGUCGACCUUUCACAGAAGUGGCAGUUAUUGGGCACAAGUCUUUACACUCAUGAAGCCAGUGUUAUGUCCAAUGGGCUGUGGAUUGGGUUUGUGCCGUAACUGAGAUUAUACGUGACGGUAACUACUGGGAAUCAUGGAUUGUGAUAGUGUGGCCAUUGAAGUUGAAACUUUGCUCCAAUAAAAGACUGUUGCAGC